UCUUCCUUUGCCUCAUCUCCUUCUGCUUUGCCUCAAUUGCCGCUGGCUGGCUGCUCUGCUUCCUCUCCAUCUCGGCUUCUUCUCUUCUCUUCACUUCUCCCCUCCUCCACUCCACUCUCCCCUCCUGCUUUCACUCUUUCCCUGCGGCUAUUACCCGCCCUACGAUUGGACUCUCCCUUUUCCGGCUUAAUUUUCCCAAAAACCCUUGAUUCCUGCGCGAUCCACAAAAGCCACCAUGGCCGCUCUUCGCUCGACCUCGCGCCUCGUCGCAUCCUCGCGGCCUCUGUUCCGCCCCGCCGUCUUCGCUCGCUCCUAUGCGACCGUCGACCCCGUCGCUCAAGCUGGCGGCUAUGCCAGCACCAAGACCGUCCCCGAGACCAAGACCUCGACCAACCAGGACCCCAACAUGUCCGAGAACCCUCGCGUGAAGAAGUUCCACGUCUACCGCUGGAACCCCGAUCAGCCCACCGAGAAGCCCUCCAUGCAGACCUACCAGCUGGAUCUGAACAAGACCGGGCCCAUGAUGCUCGACGCGCUCAUCCGGAUAAAGAACGAGAUGGACCCCACCUUGACUUUCCGGAGAAGUUGCAGAGAGGGUAUCUGCGGUAGCUGUGCGAUGAACAUUGACGGUGUCAACACCUUGGCCUGCUUGUGCCGUAUCCCGACCGACACGGGGAAGGAGUCUCGCAUCUACCCGUUGCCUCACACCUACGUUGUCAAGGAUCUGGUUCCCGACUUGACGCAUUUCUACAAGCAGUACAAGUCCAUCAAGCCUUACCUGCAGCGUGAGACCAAGACCGAGGAUGGUCUGGAGCACCGUCAAAGCCCCGAGGACCGUAAGAAGCUGGAUGGUCUCUACGAGUGUAUUCUCUGCGCCUGCUGCUCGACCUCUUGCCCCUCGUACUGGUGGAACGCCGAGGAGUACCUCGGUCCCGCCAUCCUCAUGCAGUCCUACCGCUGGAUGGCCGAUUCGCGUGACGAGAAGACCGCCGAGCGCAAGGCCGCGCUGGACAACAGCAUGAGCGUCUACCGAUGCCAUACCAUUCUUAACUGCUCGCGAACCUGCCCCAAGGGUCUGAACCCUGCCCGGGCGAUCGCGGAGAUCAAGAAGCUGAUGGCCGCUCACUAAGGUGGAUAAUCUUGAAGGGAGAAAAAAAAGAGACUUGUGCGUUUAUAUUCUGUGAUAUUCUUUUGGCAUCCUUCUUUUUUAUUACCUUAUCAUUAUUUCCUUUGAUGUCUCAUUUGUCGCUAUCUAGCUUUUUCAUUUCUUUUCCUUUUUUUGUUUUUAUUCCCUCGGACUUGUGAGGUAUUUCAUGUCGGAUGUUUCAUUAGGUGUAAAUUGUGAAUAUUCAUUAUCAGACAAACUUCUUUCACUUGGGGUUCUUCAAUUGUACAGGUGGAGUGAAUCAGUUACAGGUGUACAUCAAUGCCUAGCACUCCAUUGGACUGAGUGCGGUUGAUACCAUAACCG